GAUAACCAAAUAUGUGUAUACUGAAGUGUCCAAUGUAAAUUUAAUUUGUAUCCUUGCUGUGUAUUAGACAUGCGCCGAGUACUCGGCGCUGCCGAGUACUCGGCAGGUUUUGACCGUGUUCUCACUACUCGGACUCGGCCGAGUAUUUUUGCGUGCUCGCCCGAGUAUUUCUUAAAUUUUUAUAUGCAUCCAGUACCAUUUUACCCGGUACUUACACCGAGCGGUUCAAAUUAUCCAUCAUGUGAUUUUUGCAAUCAACAUCAAACUUACUUGAAAAAUGCACCAAUGAAAUUUGUUAAUUCUAUCCGGUAAUCAACUUAAAUCGAAAUGUUGGAACAGGAAGAAGAAUCAGUAGCUUCACGUGAUUCCGUCCACCAGUUGUCAAAAUUAAGGUGCUGGUAAUUAAAUAUUAUGUAAAUAAUGAUGUUUUGAUGAUCUUUUUGACAAUAUACUCGGUGGCCGAGCCUUGCUCGAUACUCGAGUGCCGAGUUUUGCUCGGUGCUCGGCAAACGAGCAGAAACGAGUACUCGGCAAAAAUAUAACCGAGUACUCGGUGCUCGGCCGAGUCGACUUUUUCGGUACUCGGUGCAUGUCUACUGUGUAUACCGAAGACCACCGUCAACCAACGGCAUGUUGCAUGGUUAUGUAGUACAAAACUGUACUGCCUUCGCAAUUAAGGAGUGGUCGCAUUCAUUAACGAAUUAACACCAGCUGUUAAUACAAAUAUCUAGCUUACUUAUUUAAAUGUAAUUAACAUUACUUACCUUUUCUCACAUUCAAACCUUGCAUAACGUUCUAUUCUAUUAUUUAACUAAUAUCUACAUAGGUUUGAAUUUUAAAAAUUGUCAAAAUGGGUAAUUUGCUAUCCUCAAGUACGCCAAGUGCGGUAAACAAUCAGCCACGUGAUCCACGUCAUGUAUCAUAUCCCUACUGUGGUUGUGAAGAUUGUGAUCAUCCCAUUGGGUGGGAUGGUCCACUCAUUAUGAACACGACACAAUUUGACGGACAUGGCUAUUUCGCUAUAAGAAGAUCAAAUUCUCCUACAGUAUCAAGCAACCAAAACACGGGGCUAGCUUCGCUAACCUCGACCACGACUCGAACACCUAUCGCACCUCGGUUGCCGGAACCAAGAACCCAAUUGCAAAUUAUAAGACCCGCCCUCGAUAAUAUGUCGAGUCGAGGCUCAAUUUCUGCCAAUAAUUCAAGGCCAACACAAUCCGUGAGAACUUUAAAUAUCUCUCCCAUACCCUCUCGAGUUAAUGCUUCUACUCCAAGAAGAAGACAACCAUUGCCACGUGGUUCAGCUACAAGAAGUCAAAUUACACCGCAAAGAUCGCAGCGGGAUCAUGUCGCCCCAUUAAACCCAGCUCGAAUACCAACAUCAUCAAGUCCUUCUUCAACAAUUCGGUCUGCAGAUCGUCGUAUUGUAGAAAUCAGCCGGACCAACGUGCCAUCAACUUCAAGCUCAAUACCAACUGCUCAAAGUUCAAUCUACCAAACGACGUCAAAAGUUAAUCAACCAUCUACUUCAUCAAACGCAACAAAACCUGGAGUAGCUUCUACGAGAAAAGAAACUUGGCCCUCCUACCUAUUUGAAGAAUCUGUCGAUGAAGUUUCCAACAUGCUCGAGUGUAGCAUCUGCCUAGAUUUAUGCUCUGGCAAAAUAAGGCAUGGCAAAAAUGGACACAAUAUCUGUGAGACGCACACAUCACAGAUUUCAAUUUGCCCCAUUUGUCGCAUUUCUUAUCAUGAUGGAUCGUCUCGAAAUUUGCUCGCAGAAAAGUUGGUAGUUCAAAAGAAGAGUAAACUAGAGAUGAAAGAACAGCAACAAAAAUUGCUGGACGAUAUGGAAAAGUUAAAGGUAACUAAAAAAGUAACAACGACACGAAAUAUUAAACCGCCAGAACCCGAUAAGCCAUGUGGAUAUGUUGGAGAUGGAUGUGUCUAUACCGGUGAUGUGACAAGAUUACUAGCUCACCAACCCGUUUGUGACUUCCGUCCGAUAGAAUGCUUUUUCAAAACUGAUGGCUGUCAAAACGCUCAAAUUCCUUUUGCAGGGUACCUCGAACAUUUAAAAACUGUACGCAAAGUGAGAACUUUUGGUGGACGAGCCCAUGUCAAGUUCUAUGUGAAUCGUAGCGGGAAGUUGGUGCGAGAUGGUUCGUCCAGCAUGGCAAUUAUAUCGGGGCCUUAUGGAAUUGAUAAUUUUAUACUGCGAGCUAUUCAAUCUGAUGAUGACGUUAUUAUCUGGAUAGCGAUUCAUGAAAAUCCUCAAAGAGCUUAUAGGUUUAAAGCUGAAUUAGAAUUGGAUGACCAUGGAAACGUGAAUCCUCUCUAUCAAAGGUAUAAUUUCGUUCUGAGCACAACCAGAGAUAUAAAUCCAGCACACUACUUAACCAUUCCGGUUGACUACUUGGAAGCCAAUUUGAGGCUGGAGAAAACCAGUAGAGGGAAAUAUGCAAGGGAGUAUUGGGCGGUUACGACGAGGAUAACCUACAGAGACGAUUUUUAAUUCUACAAGUAAUUAUUUAGUGCACAAUGAGUUAAAAAAAUGUGCCUAUGUGGUAUGAGCCACUGGUUUUGUACAGAAUGUUCGAAAUAGUCGGGCUUUUCUAUAAAUUUGUAGCUUACCUGCAGGGCCCUUACGAGGGGCUGCCAGGUGGGGGUUUUCCCAGGGCCCGGCCCCUUCGGGACCCGGCCCUGGUGUCCAUCAAAAAAAUUGCACAGGCGAUUAUUUAAGUGUUUAGAAGAUUUUGAGCAGUGGCGUAGCGUGCUAAUGUUGAACCUAAAAUAAACAAUAACUGAGAACACAAAAUAUAAAUUUAUGCGCAUAUCAGUAUCAAAAUGGUUAAAUAACAAUUGCGUCAAUUUGUGCACUAGAUCAUGUAAAAUGUUUUGCAAAAUAUACAUCUAUCGAUACAUUCUGUUUCAUUUGAAA